AUGGAUGCGGCGCUGGCAGCUCUAGACCGCGGCGUGCGCGCGCUCUUCGCGGAGCCUGGAGCCGCCCUAGCCGCCUCUUCCGCCCACCCUCUGUGCGAGUGCAUGCUCCAGUACGCUCCGCCUCCAGAUUGGCGCUACCUGCAGCGUUUCCCGGUGCUCAAGCGCCACGUAUUGACGCAGUUCUGCCUCGUGGCCGUGGAAGUGGAGAAACAGCCGCAAACGCCUCGCAAGAGGAAGAAACGCAGCAUCCUACAGCAAAGCGGCAAUGCUGAGGACUUCAGAGCAGUCUGCGUGGCGUCUCUAGGCCAAAAAUUGGCCCAGUGCGGGCUGCUGACGCUCAGUGAAGCAGAAAUUGUGAACAUUUUGGUGACGACGGAGACGCUCGACGUCCUGCGUCGCGUUAUUGGUGGGAGGCUGUUGCCGCUGAGGCUGCGGAUGCUUCUGCUGGGUUUUGCACUGCAGCGUGUGGAGAAGAGGGCGCUGGAGACGGCAGAGCAGAGCUGGAUCAAAGAGGUCUGCGAGAAGGUACUAGAGGAGGCCCGGGAGGCCACAGCCACCGGUGGCUCCAAGGAGCCUUCGUCCAAGAGAGUGAGGACGAGGCCUGGGGACAGGAAGGACGUGGAUACAGCAGAGAAGGAGGAGAAGUUGUGUGGGUUUUGUCGAGAUGGAGCGACUGCCGAGUCGCUGAGGU